CCCGAUCACACCGGAAUCAUCGCAUUCCUCAAAACGCCUGCCCGGGUACUCUCACUCACUUAGGGUUCUCAAUCACCGAGUCGCUUACAUCCGCCAUCUUCAGCUAUCUCAUUUAUUUGCUACACCAACCGCACCCCUUGAGACCACCCUCGCUACGCGAACCGAGCGGACGCCAACCGAACCCCGCCGGUGCUUCGCAACUACAGAGCGGUUGCUUCGGUCCUAGCCUCCGCUGAUCUCUCACUGUUGGAUUUGUUUGUGGCUUCGGGGGCGCCUGGGAGAGGCGGUUGUGGAUGGAGAUGGCGACAUUUACGGCAUUGAACGGGGGCUCGCCGAAAUCUGCGGAGGGAACUAAUGGGGCGGCGAUGGACGGAGAGCGACCAAGCCGGCAAUCGGCCAGCGUUGAACCCAGGUCCGCCGAAGGGUACCGCAGCCAGAGGGACCGGGACGGCCUCGAGGCCCAGGAGCGCCGGAGCAGUACCAAUCACGAGAGGCUUCCAUUUCCCGGCGCCGCCGCCUUUGCAGACGUCGAGGGGUCGCACAAGCGCAAGCGGUCAAUCUCGGACUCUCCUAGGAGAGAGCGCCUACGGUCGCCUCCCAUGAGGACGGAAAGAGCAGAGCGGCCAGAGCGGUCAGAGCGUGUGGAGCGAACCGAGCGAGCAGAGCGAGCAGAGCGUGCGGAACGUGCGGAACGUGCAGAGCGGUCAGAGCGAUCAGAGCGGAUGGAACGAUCUGAACAGUACGAGCCGCAUCGCCAUCCGUCGGAAUCACAGGAUGGACGUACCACGCCGCAAAGGGAUGUCUAUCGCGGACGGCAAAGAGAUGAAGUGCGGGAUAGCGAGCACUGGCGCUCGGAGCGGGCUAGGGAGGAGCGCACCUCGAGCUACGAAGCCCCUUACUCGGCUGGUCCGGUAUCGGCUCAGUCAGAGGAGCCAUCGGGCGACUUGCUCCGGAGGGCGACAAGCCACGGCGAUGACGACCAAAGCCCAGAUGGUGACGACCGCUCCAUGUACCCUGGCCAGUACACGCCCGAACACCGCAGGGAUGGCAUCCUCCAGUCGGACCCCAAGAAGCGGAAGCGCAAUUUCAGCAACCGCACCAAGACGGGUUGCCUGACAUGUAGGAAGCGAAAGAAGAAGUGCGACGAGAAAAAACCCGAAUGCAACAAUUGCUACAAGGGCGGUUUUGUCUGCGCUGGGUAUCCCCCGCAGAGGGGAGCCUGGACCAAUACGCCCGAGAGCAGCAAGCCGGCGCAGGUCAACAUCGAGUCGAAGGAUCCAAACUACGUGCCUCCGGGAGCGUACGGGAUGCCCCAGCAACCGCCCCCGUACAGCGGCAGCCAACAGCCUCCGCUGGGCCAGCAGCCGAAGCGUGACUCCCUGCCAUAUAACCGCGGCCAGCCCACUCUCCGGAUUACGCCGCCCCAGGGCCGUCCUCUGCAGACAGACGACGAUAGGCUAACCGCAUCGACAAUGCCAAGCUCCAUCAUCAGCCCCGACAACAAGCUCUCAGCGCUAUCAGGGUACACAACAUCGGCGUCCGCGAACAUGUUCCCGACCCCAGUCAGCGCCGCCGCCGUGUCUGCCUUCUCGGACCGAACACCCAAGGAGUACCAGCGCGUGCCACCGCUUCACGACCUGACACGGACCGACCCGGAUCAGCAAUCGCUGCCUCCUCCACCGCCUCCGCAGAGCAGUACCAUGGCGCACCCCCCAUUUAGCAGCAUGUUGCAUGGCGGCAGGACGUCAACUCCGCCGGCGCCGCCGUCUACGAUAUCCUCCCAACCCCCCUCUGGCGGUGCCCAGGCGACGGCACAGGCCGCCCUUUCGCACACUCAGUUUCCCUCAGACAGGCCAUCGCGCCGGCAGAAGGAGGAGAUGCUGAACGGCAGGCCGUACUAUCCGUUCGACAAGGAGCUCGUGCUCGAGCGAGAGCGGUGCAAUGCUGCGUGUUGGCGGUUCAACAACUCGACCAACCCGAACCUGGGUGUCUCCCCCACUGAGCGCGCGCGGCUGUUCCGCGACAUUCUCCACCCGCGCGAGGGCAUCCAGCUUUCUCCUAGCAUGGUAUCGCCCGUCACGCGUGCAGGGCGCGUGGGCGAGAACGCGACGGUUGAGGCGCCCUUUAAUUGCGACUACGGCUACAAUAUCCAAAUCGGCAAUAACGUUUCGAUCGGCCGCAACUGCCUCAUCAACGAUGUCUGCGAGGUCAGCAUCGGGAACAAUGUCAUCAUCAGCCCUAACGUCUGCAUCUAUACGGGCACCUGCAGCACCAACCCGCGUUACCGCAAGGGGAACCAGGGCACGCAGUACGGCAAGCCUGUCAUUAUCGAGGACGACGUUUGGAUCGCGGCAAACGUGGUCAUCCUUCCGGGGGUCAGGAUCGGCAAGGGCUCGACCGUUGGCGCGGGGUCGGUCGUCACGAGGGACGUCGCCACCUGGAGUGUCUACAUGGGCCUCAAGGCCGGCCACCGCAGGGGCAUUGCGCUUGUUCCCUGAGCUUGAAGCUAGAUUGGGGCAGUGAAUAUUUUAAUAUCUCUUUUUAUCGAUCCUUGCCCCACCCACACCAUUUAGUAUCGUUAUUAUUUUGUUGUUUUUUUGGCUGCGAGGCUGGAUCUCCCCCUCCCCUCUUUCUUAGGAUGACGGACGACGGACGACUUUGGGCUGAUUAAAGAUC